ACUUUGCCUUCUUACGUAUUUUUCACCCUCUUUCCUUUCUGCAUCAAAAACCUUGUUUUCCUCAUUCCUCCUCAUACUCUAAUUCUUUCUAUUUUUUUAAAAAAUAAAAAAGCUGGAUUUUUGGGUUAUAUUUUGGAGUGUUGCUGAUCAAAGCCUCCUGCUUCUAAAAAUGCCGAAUUCUGAUCAAGGAAAGCAAGAUCAAAGGAUAACUUGCAACAUGGAGGAUUCCAAUAUGACAAUUGAAUUCCUACGAGCACGUUUACUGUCCGAACGAUCUGUCUCCAAAACUGCAAGACAGAGAGCUGAUGAACUGGCAAGAAGGGUAGCUGAACUUGAGGAACAGCUAAGAAUUGUGUCUGUCCAAAGGAGGAGAGCUGAAAAGGCAACAGCAGAUGUUCUUGCCAUUUUGGAGAAUAAUGGGGUACGUGAUGUAUCUGAGGAACUUGAUUCAAGCUCUGACCAGGACUCGCCUUUUGAGUCCAACAUGGAUAAUGUUUCUACUAAAGAAGAGGAGAGAUCCGUUAGUUCAAAAGGGAGAAGAAAAGAAGAGGAACUUUCGGGUUCUGAUGAUUUUUCUUCACUAUCUUGUAGAAGCUUGUCUUGGAAAGGCCGUGAGAGUGCUUCUCAUUCUCCUGAAAAGUAUAGAGACUCAAUUGUGAGAAAGCACAAUACUUUUUCAUCUAUGGUUUUUUCGUCCCCAAAACACUGGCAGGGAAAAUCAUGCCGGAAGAUAAGACACCGGGAAUCAAGAUUAGUAGCGGAGGAGCCCAAAUCAGAUGUCGUCAAGGCCGGUUCACCAGUAAAUGAACUUGUAACAUCACCUGAAGUUAAUACUAAUCAGUCUAAAAAUGCCUUAAAAGAUGAAAGAAAUAUAACUGCUUAUGGUCUUGGUUUUCAUGGGUAUGAAGGUGAGAAAGACAUGGAAAAGGCACUGGAACAUCAAGCACAACUUAUUGACCGUUAUGAAGCAAUGGAAAGGGCCCAAAGAGAAUGGGAAGAGAAGUUCAGAGAAAAUAAUAGUAGUACACCGGUAUGUUUAAGCAAAACCUAUUUGAUAGAUAUUAGGUGUUCUUUUCCCUUCUUGGUUAUGAUCUCAUACUAAAACUUAAUGUAGAAUCUGAUGAAAACAGAUUUGUUUUCUCAGUAUUUCACUACAAAUAAAACUUUACAGAGCGAGUCUUUUUAAAAGACUUCAGCACCGAGAGUUUCACUCCUGCAAGGAG